AUGUCUUCCAACGUUCUCGGCAACAAGGACAUCAACGCUCCCAUCAUGUCGGAGCAGGACCAGGUCCUCCGCACCAAGGACAUCAAGAGCAUGGAAUACCAUCGCGAGGUCCUCAAGUCCAAGAUGGAAGAACGAUCCUCCAAGCAAUAUGUAUCCCCAUCCGACAACAUCAUGAGCCCAUGCAGCGCCAAGCUCAACGCUUUGCGCAACAAGCACGCCAGCAAGUUCGUCUCACCCUCCCCAACUUGUGUUUAUAUGAAAGCUAACCUCCCCUCGUUCUCCAGGGCCAAGCCCAAGUCCCUCUUCGCCCAAGCCAGCGCUAAGAAGCUGCAAGGCGAGAGUGCCCUCGGCGCCACUCCUGCACGACCUUGA